AUGGCGGCGGGCCGGAUCGCCCUUGCCGCAGCAGGCCACUGCGGCCUGCUUUGGGCACUGAGCGUACCGAUGUUUGGUCCGGCCCCCGCCACGCCACAACGGCCGCCGGACCUCGCGGAUUGCGGCGUGCCCUACCUCAAAACUCUGCCCACCAGGGACGAGCAGCUUCACAAGCUGCGCACCACGCUGGAGUUCGACAUUCUGGUGCUGGGCGGAGGUGCCAUCGCCUGUGGCGUGGCACUUGACGCAGCCACCAGGGGGCUUCGCGUGGCGCUGUGCGACGUCGAGGACUUCGGCGCCGGUGCCAGCACGCGUGGCAGCAAGCUCCUGCCAGCGACUGCACGUGGUUACAGUGAGCCGUUGGUGCCGUUCCACCUGAAGUUGUUCAAGGGCAACCAUCAGGCCAUAGAAGAACGCAUGGCUAUCUACAACUCUGCGCCUCACCUGUGUCACUCGGUGCCUGUGGUGAUGCCGCUCUACGAUUGGCGCAAGGCCCUCUCGGUUUGGUUUUACUUCAAAACUCACUGGUACGUCUUCAGCAAACUGAGCCUCAACGAGACUUACUGGCUCAGCAGCGUCAAGCGAGUGAAAAAUCGGUGUAUCAACCAGACGCAGGAGUUGCUGCCGCUUCUGCGCAAGGACAAGCUCGUAGGGUCCGUGGUUUUCCACGAAGCCACCAUCGACGACAUUCGCAUGAAUGUGGCACUGGCGCUGACUGCCGCACGUUAUGGCGUUGUAAUAGCGAACCACGUGGGAUGCUACCGCUUUCUCAAGGACAAAGCCGGCCGCCUGCGCGGUGUCGUUCUGCACAAUACGCUGACCGGCGAGAAGUGGCCCGUGCGCGCCAAGUGUGUGAUCAACGCAACGGGACAAAGUGCCGACUUCCUCCGGCAGGCAGACAAUCAGGCGUGCAACGCGAUCGGAAACCCAGUGGUGAGCACGUACAUGGUCCUUCCGUGGCACUUUGGCAACAAGACGACCGCCAUCCUGACGACGAGUGACGACGAGACAAGGAUCGCCAUGCCUUACCAGGGCCAGUGCCUGGUCUCGGGCUCGCACAAGAAGCUCGACUUCACUUACACGGGGAAACCGACGCACGAGGCUGUCAGCAAGCUUCUGCGCGAAUGGAACGAGCAGCUGGACAUGCACACGGUGUCCGCGAGGCUGAACGAGGUUCUGUCCACGUGGACUUCGGUUGUUUCGGUGCAAGAGAGCGCGACGGGCCGUGAGAAGCCGGUAGUCGAAGUGAGCCAGAGCGGCAUGGUCUCUUGCACGGGUGGAGCCUGGACUUGGUACCGGCUCCUGGCCGAGCGCGUCGUCGACACGGCGUUGGCGAACUGCGAGGAGCUGCAGCCCUCUCUGCCGUGUUCCACCAAGACCAUCAAGUUGGAAGGGGCCGCCAAUUGGUCGCCAGCGCUGUACGUCAAGCUCCUGCAGAAGUACCGCCUCGAAGCGGACGUGGCCAAGCACCUGGUGGACUACUACGGCGACCAGGCGCAGCUACUGGCGCGCAUGGCAGCGAAUUCGCGCAAGAGCACACGCUCGGUCAAUCCAGGAAACAGGCUGCUACCUCGACUGUCUUUCAUUGAGGCCGAGGUGCGGCACGCUGUGCGCCAAGAGUACGCGUGCACGGCGGUUGAUGUGCUUGCUCGGCGUUUGGGCGUGACGUACGCGGACGCCUACGCGGCGGAGUGCAUGCUGCCGCGCGUCCUGGACAUCAUGGCGGCUGAGCUGGGCUGGACGCCGGCGGAGCGCGAGCGCCAGAUGCAGCAGGCGACGCACUUCCUGGAAGAAGACAUGGGUCUAGACCUGUGCCGACCACACAGACACGCGCCCGAGCUCCGGCUGGACCCCAACGAGUUUGCGCGACUCGUGCGCCUCUUCCAAUACCUCGACCAGGCACAGAAUGGCGCGGUGUCACUGCGGCGCCUGCGACCGCACAUCCUGAAGGAGCAGUUCCGGCACGAGUCGUGGCUUCGCGUUAUGUCGCGCCGAAUAGUGGACAUCGCCAUCGCCCCCGACUCUGAGGCCUACCUGCACAACGACUACUACGUGCCGCCGCUGUACAGGCCCUCGGUCGACAGUGGAUCCACCAGGGGCACCGAGGCCUUUACUGAGAAGGUGGAGGCACUGUCUAAGGCGCUGCAGCUGAACCAACAAACGCUGUCCGAGAUCCUGGACGAAAUGGAGAGCGCGACGAGCGGCAGCAUGGAGCUGGGCGACUUCCUGCUCUUCAUGAACAACCUCAAGGUGUGCCUGCACGCCCAGCUCAGGGCCUCCAAGAAGGACCCGAACAUCCCCGAGCUCGUAGAGCUGCGCGGCAGCGAUGUCUACACGUCGCUGCCCAACGCUCCGAAAGUCUACACCAUGUAG